UUACGCUAAUUCUCAGCGAACGAGAAAUAGCCACUAUUGCUAAUUUAAGGUGUCGUUCUGACGGUUCUCCGAAGAGUUGUCAUGUAGUUUGGAGACAUUUUUAAACUUUUCUUGUAAUCAGCUAACAUGAAGUCAAUUGAGGGAGCAUGCUGUGUUAUUACUGUAUCUGAACUCCAGCAAAAUCAGUCGCACAUACCUACAAUAAAACCGCGAAGUUGCAGCGGAGCUAUUGUAAAUUUAGAACCAGGGAUUGUCAUUUGCAAUGCUCUCCUGUUUUCUCCCUUCAUAAAUGAUACAGUUCUCGGAAACGAUCAAAAAAUAGUGCUAGCGAACAAUUUUAAUAACAAGAUUCAGAUCUGCGUACAUUAUACCGGACACCAAGGUGUGAUCAGUAACGAGUGCGCUGAUAAAUCGUCAGUAGUCGAAGGGCCUUCGGUAUCCCAUUUAGAAGCGCGGUUAGUACUUCUGGUCAACUGUGUGGAGUUCAAGGGAGCGCUCCAACGGAUUUUCAAGCCAUCAGAUAAGUGGAGCUUUUACGGUGGGGAUGAAGAUGCUGACGCUCUCAGAGAUUUACAUUUUUUAAGUUGGUUUGCCGUUCUCAAGGUACCCACUUUGUCGAAAUAUUCUCAGAGCGAACCUGUUCCCUGGGUGAACAGUACAGUACUGGAAAAAGGAUGCUCGGUUCUCGCAUGUGGGUCUCCGUUCGGCUCGUUCUGCCCUGACCUAUUCAUGAGUACUUUGAGCAAAGGUAUCGUGAGUAAUUUGGCUGGAGAAGAGAACGCACUCAUCCUUACAGAUGCCCGCUGUUUGCCUGGCACUGAGGGCGGAGGACUCUUCGUUAAACUGCCGGACACUUCAUGUCUAGUGGGUCUGAUAGUGUCUCCGUUAUGCUGGAAGUCGAGUGAAUGGAUUGGAUUAACCCUAGUGUGCUCUCUCCACUUGAUUUUAAGAAACGUCGCCAAGUCUCUGAAGUCUCACCACCCACUGAGAGAACUGUUGGUUAAACCAUCCACUGAGAUUCGUCAGGUACCACUUAAGGGACAGCAGGAGUCGGCUCCACUGAAUUACCCCAUGGUCGUGCUGGUCGAGACGGGCCAGCUGUGGGGGUCCGGAGUGUUGCUCAGUUCCAGUCUAGUCCUAACUUGCCGGCAUGUUGUAAACGGCAAGUCCAGGCUCACUGUGAGAUUCAACACAAACGGCAGAAGAUCCCAAGUGGCGUCAGGACAGGUGCUGUAUUCGACAAAGGAGUCAUCUCCUUAUGACAUAGCACUGGUGCAGUUUCAGGAGCCCCUGUCAGAUGUCACAAUACCAGAGUUUGCCACUUUUUUCAGCCCAGGUGAAGAUGUGAUUGUGCUGGGCUAUGGUGCUUUUGGUGAAAACCUUGGUCCCUCCAUGACUUCAGGAAUCCUUUCUAGAGCAGUUACCUUCAGAUCAAAAGCGGUGAUGCUUCAGACGACCUGUGCAGUGCAGGCAGGAGCCAGCGGAGGUGCUGUGGUUCGUGCAGCCACAGGAGAACUGCUAGGUCUUGUGUCUAGCAACACGAGGGACUUCUCAGCCAAGGUCACUUACCCACACUUAAACUUCAGUAUCCCAGUCACCGUUCUGGAGCCUCUCCUGCACGUUUUCGCCCGGACAGGAGACGCAGCCGCCUUUCAGGCGUUGGACGCUGCGGAAGAUGGAGUCCGGAGAGUGUGGCGACUACAGGCCACUCCCAGCAAACUGUGAAAGCUCACGUUUGUGCUGAGCUCACCGCGCACUCGUUACCAGGCUGCGAAUGUUACCGGGUCUGCUAACUAGAUCAGUGCUUUCAGCGGUUUGCAUUGCUAUGCAACCAGCCACAGCGCACAGCGAGAAACUGGAGGACAGUAACAUUCUGUAGUCAAUGCUGUGACCUUGGAUUUACACUGAAUGCCUCACAUACAGUAGCCACUGCUGUUUACAUACGAUUUUCUUCAUAACAACACAUAGAGUGAUUUUGUUAAAUUUGCAGUUUAUGGCAUUGGGAAUCGAGGAUAUUAUUUGAUGACUCAUAUGUUCCCAGAAGUUUGGGUAAAAUUGUUGUU